CUUCAGUGCUUGCGUAAGGUUUCAGUUGUAGUCUCCCUAUAGGAGUGAAGCCGCAUUGCCAGCAGUAUCUUUAACCUAUGAACUCCUGAGUGUGCCAGUCCUCCGCCAUAUUGACUGUUGUCUUGACUGGAGGAGAUAGAGAACAUUUUGAGGUCCGAGAAGAAACGAAAGUGUGCUCUCCAAAUCCUCGAAACUGGUGCAAACUUGGCCAAAGCGUAUUAUAAACAACACCGUAAUGGCAAGGAAGAAAAGCAAGCAGCCAGGAGUCGCCCAGAAGGAGCUUGCGCCCGGACAGCAGACCGCACCGAAGAGCCCAGUCUCUCCCGGCGAUGCAGCUGACGGUGGCGGCGGAGAUGCUGGGCUGGAUAGGCUGGCCAAUACCAGGGCGAACCAGCCUAUGCACACCUGCUGCCUCCUGUGCCACCGAGAAUUUAAGGACUGGGGAGCAAACUCUGUGAACGGACUCCCUGGGGGCCAUGGGACCAAGCUGGCUGAUGCCGUGCCUGCGCUCUCCCAGGCCUUAUUGCGGGAGGCACCAGGGCGUAAGCUUGCUGAUGCCGUGCCCUCGCUGUCUCAGUCCCUGCUGGGAGAGGUGCCUCUGUGGAUAUGUCAGAGCUGCUGCAAGAGUGUGGAAGAGGAAGAGAGGCGAAGCACCCAGGAGCAACCAGCGCCGGUACCAUUGUCACACUCUUCCUCCUGUAAGUCCCAGAGCUGUGGGAACGGUUACCCGGAGCAAAGUACUGUGGAUUGGGACCCGAGUUCCUUCCUGUCAGCCCACAAACUGUCAGGGCUCUGGAACUCUGCCCACACCAACGGAGGGGAACACUGCAACCACAACACUUCUUCACACUCACAACCAGGUUUAACAGCAGGUUCAGCUUGUCAUGAGAAAAGAGGACUCCAUGAAGCACCGGGGAAAUCUGCUAAAACGUCGGGGGCCAAAGUCUGUCCCUACAGUCACCCGUCAUCCCAGACCUCCAGUGGAUCUUCUGCUGGGAACCCCCUGUCUACCUCAGCAGACCUUUGUAAGACAACGCCCAAGCACUUCAAGACCAUGUGCCGUCGACCAACACCGCCAGGUGAAGCCUUCCACCCCAGUGACCACCAUCAGCACACAGACUUGUCGGUACCCCCCAACAGUCCCACCGGCCUGUCCUCCCAGCAUUCCUCCCUCCUGCCUCCAAAGCCGAACUCUGGGCAGCAUGGUCACGUCACCUCCUCGUCCGGCGCUGGUGUCGCAGCCCACGCUCCCUUCUCCCCGCUGGUACCAAACCUCCACAGCCCCUCAGCCAAACUCAACUCUCCCAGUCCAGACAGUCCCACACCUGUCCAUAAGCCCAGCCCCUGCAAAAACUCCCACAUUCCUGCCGUGAACACUCAGCACAGCAAACUGGGCACGUCCAUCAUGGGCUGUAACCACCCUUGUAAUGGACACAGUGCGGGGACCGUGGCCCCUUCAAAUGUGGGCCAUCUGACAGCCGGGGCCUGCAGGGACCAGGCGUGUAAGGGGCACAAAAUGACUAAUGGAACGUUGUGCCACCCUUCGUCGGAGCUGGAGGAGGGCGAGGAUGAAGACAGCAGCUCUGAGAGGAGCUCCUGUGCCUCCUCUUCCACCAAUCAGAAGGACGGGAAGUACUGCGACUGCUGCUACUGCGAGUUCUUUGGGCACAAUGCGCCUCCAGCUGCACCAACCAGCCGUAACUACGCUGAGAUCCGGGAGAAGCUCCGCUCACGUCUGACCCGGCGUAAAGAGGAGCCGCCUCAGCGCCAGGAUGCAGAGCUGACAGUGGCCGGCGCCAUCGACAACCGGGAUGUAGACGAGCUGCUGGACUUCAUAAACAGUUCUGAACCCAAACCUGUCAACAGUGCCAAGGCUGCCAAAAGGGCCCGACACAAACAAAAGAAGAAGGAAAAGGCUCAGCAGGGAACGGGUGCUGCAGGCAGUGACCCCAACUCCGACCCCUCUGAUCCUGCCGACGACGAGCCCCUCCCUGAUGGCUCAGAAGCCAGUCGGCUGCUGGAUUGGCCUCAGCUGGAGCUCGAGCGCGUCAACAGUUUCCUCACCAGUCGGCUGGAGGAGAUUAAGAACACCAUCAAAGACUCAAUCCGGGCCUCAUUUAGCAUGUACGACCUCAAUCUGGAUGUUAAUGACUUCCCAAAGAAGGCUGCCACGCUGGAGGGCAACCAUUUACUGUCCCAUCUCAAUGGUUCCUCUGACCUGCAGCAGAUAGACCUGGACUUGGCACCUCUCUCACUGGGAAACUUUAAGAGCCACCUGGACCUGGUUAAUGGAUGGGAGGACACGACUACGGUCUCAUCCGCUAAUACAGCCCCCAACACCACCACGGCCUCAGGGGUCCCUCCUGGGUCCAAGGACAUCCAGCGGUUGCACACUACCCCCAGUCUUUCGAAGCUCAUAAGGGUUCGCUCCCCAGAAAGAUGCACUUCCACUGGACCUGACAGUUUGCUGCAGGUGCCAGCCCAAACCACAGCUAAAUCGAAUGAGGACGCCCCCGAUCCCAAGAACACGGCGGUCGGGAACGGGAGUGCAAAGUCAAAGAAGAAUAAAAAGCAGCAGCAAAGACAGGAGCAAUCUGUGUCCGAGCAAAACACCAACAAACCAACCAAAGCUGCCGCUGGGAAUGACACACAGAAAAGCAAUGAGUGCAAAGAAUCGGCUUCUAACGGCACAAAAGGUGGGAACAGACAGCCCCAGCACUCUGCGGAGAACCAGAGGAACGGGCCAAAGAAAGCCGAGGAGGGCAGAUCGUCUAAACACGCAGCAAACGGUGGCGUCUCGAAUGCACACAGAGGGAAAGGCGACCCAGACACACGAGGAGGUCGAUCCGAGCUGGAUUCAGAAAGCAAGACGCACCCCGGAAUUCCAGCGAGUGGGCAGCAGCAGCAGCAGCAGCAGCAGCAGCAGCAGCAGCAGCAGCAGCAGCAGCAGCAGCAGCAGCAGCAUCAGCAGCAGCAUCAGGCCAAGGGGAAGAACAAGAAGAACAAGAAUAAGGGUGAAAAAUCCAGCAAUGCUACUGAAGAUGUCUUUCUCCCUAAAGAAGGCGAUCCAACCGAAAUGGAUGAAAUUGAUCGUGAAGUGGAAUAUUUCAAAAGGUUUUGCCUUGAUUCUGCAAAACAAACUCGCCAGAAGGUAGCAGUGAAUUGGUCCAACUUCACCCUCAAAAAGCCAAGGAACCCUGGUUCGAAAUCCUACUCCAUUCAGAGGACUGAAACAUAACGUGUGGCUGACAGGCCAGGGAUCAUUCUCCAGGCCAACUUUACCCUUUGCUAUUAUUGCAAUGUUCACUAAAUGAGAGAUGCAAAAUUGGUAAAAAAAAAGUCUGUUGAAUCCACUGCAUCCAUGUGCUUACGUAUGUAGUAUGUAAACAAUUACCUUACAUGAAAUAAAUGUUUUUAUCACAAAUCUGAGACAUUUUAAUGUCGUUAAACUUCUGAAUUCCAAUUUGGUGCUCAUUAUACAUUUCCUUCUGCACAGCUAGUUUCCCGCUCACUUCAGCAGUCUCAGUUGACACUGCAGACCAUUUGUCUAGUAAUGUAACUGUAUAAGGAGCACAAGACAACAUUUUGACCUAACUUAAAGAAAACAUUUGUACCCUCCUCUUUUGCAGGUGAAGAAUCCUUUAAUUAAUUCUAUUCCAAAACAGACUGCAGUGCAUUCAGUGGUUGUUGAUGAUUUUUAAUUCGAUUGCUUUUCUCAAUAUUUAAUUAUGAUCAUUAAAUGAUUUAAUAAUCA